UUGGAUUAGGUGUGCUCUUUUACGGUAAAGGAGAGUUUGACAAAGCUGUAGAUUGCUUUGUAUCGGCUUUAAAUACUCGAAACGAUGAUUAUCUUUUAUGGAACAGAUUAGGUGCUACUCUGGCGAAUUCUGGCAAAUCAGAGGAUGCAAUUGAUGCUUACCAUAAAGCAUUGGAAAUCAAACCAACAUUUGUUCGCGCACGUUAUAAUUUAGGUGUUAGUUGUCUUAAUAUUGGUUGUUAUCGUGAAGCAGCAGAGCAUCUACUUGGUGCUUUAAGUAUGCACCAAACUGGAUUAAGUAGUGAGAAUGUUAAAAAUGUUAGUA